CGAUCUUUUUAUUUUUAUUAUUUUGUUUCCCUUGGGGAUAGAGGAGCACACGAGGAGAAGAAAGUAAAGGAAUAUGAUUGCUUCGUGGCUGACUUUCGCCUUGCUUUGUGGAACUUUCUGUGCAGGACCAGGCCAUGGGGAGGCUGAGACAAGAGAAUGCCUCUACUACAAUGCCAACUGGGAGUUGGAGAAGACCAACCAGAGCGGUGUGGAGCGCUGCGAGGGGGAGAAGGACAAGCGGCUCCACUGCUAUGCCUCCUGGAGGAACAACUCGGGCUCCAUUGAGCUGGUGAAGAAAGGCUGCUGGUUAGAUGACUUCAACUGUUAUGACAGGCAAGAGUGUGUAGCCACAGAAGAAAAUCCUCAAGUGUUUUUCUGCUGCUGUGAGGGCAACUACUGCAAUGAGAAAUUUACACAUUUGCCUGAAGUCACCGGCCCAGAAGUCAUAUAUGAGCCACCACCGCCAACACCCUCCCUGCUCAACAUCCUGGUGUACUCACUGCUCCCCAUUGCUGUCCUCUCCAUGGCCAUCCUCUUGGCCUUCUGGAUGUAUCGGCACCGCAAGCCUCCUUACGGGCACGUCGACAUUAAUGAGGACCCUGGCCCACCACCUCCUUCUCCCCUAGUUGGCCUAAAGCCUCUUCAGCUUCUGGAGAUCAAGGCAAGGGGACGGUUUGGCUGUGUGUGGAAGGCUCAGCUGAUGAAUGACUAUGUAGCAGUGAAAAUCUUCCCUAUUCAGGAUAAGCAAUCUUGGCAGAGUGAGAGGGAGAUUUUCAAUACUCCUGGCAUGAAGCAUGAAAACCUUUUGCAAUUUAUCGCAGCGGAGAAAAGAGGAACAAACCUGGAGACGGAGCUCUGGCUGAUCACAGCGUUCCAUGACAAGGGCUCUCUGACAGACUAUUUGAAGGGCAAUAUUAUCAGCUGGAAUGAGCUCUGCCAUGUUGCAGAAACAAUGGCCCGUGGCUUGUCCUAUCUUCAUGAAGAUGUCCCUUGGUGCAAAGGUGAAGGACACAAACCUGCUAUAGCACACAGGGACUUCAAGAGUAAAAAUGUCUUGCUGAAGAAUGACUUGACAGCGGUGCUAGCUGAUUUUGGACUAGCUGUACGGUUUGAACCUGGAAAACCUCCAGGGGACACUCAUGGACAGGUGGGAACAAGGAGGUAUAUGGCUCCUGAAGUGUUAGAGGGAGCAAUCAACUUCCAACGAGACGCCUUCCUGAGAAUAGACAUGUAUGCAAUGGGACUGGUCUUGUGGGAGCUAGUCUCCAGAUGUAGAGCUGUUGAUGGUCCUGUGGAUGAAUACAUGCUGCCAUUUGAAGAAGAAAUAGGUCAGCACCCAUCCCUUGAGGACCUGCAAGAAGUGGUGGUUCACAAGAAGAUGCGCCCUGUGUUCAAGGAUCACUGGCUGAAACACCCUGGCUUGGCGCAGCUCUGCGUGACCAUCGAAGAGUGCUGGGACCACGACGCGGAGGCUCGGCUCUCGGCGGGCUGUGUCGAGGAGCGCAUUGCGCAGAUCCGCAAAUCCGUAAACGGCACUACCUCGGACUGCCUCGUCUCCAUCGUGACGUCCGUCACCAACGUGGACUUGCCACCCAAAGAGUCUAGUAUCUAAGUCCUGGUUCACUUUGGUCUUUCCAGACUCAGUGGAUUU